AUGGGCCGAGUUCUCUUGACAGGUGCAUCUGGAUUCAUAGCUGCUCAUGUGCUCGAUGCGUUCCUGAAGAACGGGCAUUUCGUGCGCUUUACGGUGCGGACUCAGGAGAAGGCGGAUCAGAUUCUACAGGCGAAUAUGAAAUACAAGGAUCAGUUGGAAAGUGUGAUUGUCCCUGCCGAAGGGGCGUACGAUGUCGCCCUUCAGGACAACUCCCUUGAUGGGGUCAUCCACACCGCUAGUCCAUUUCACAUGAAUUUCUCCGACCCCCACGAACUUCUCAAACCGGCGAUUCAGGGAACGCGGGGCAUCCUAGAAGCUAUCGUUAGGUUGGCCCCCAAUGUCAAGAGACUCGUCAUCACUAGCAGUUUUGCUGCUAUGAUCCAUGCAGACGAGGGGAGGUGGCCAGGCCACGACUAUAGUGAAAAAGACUGGAAUCCAGUAACGAUGGAGCAAGCGCUUACUGGAGAGAAAAUCACGACCUAUCGCGCAUCCAAAACUUUUGCUGAACGCGCCGCAUGGGAAUUCGUAUCCUCCAGCUCUCCUAAGCCCAACUUUGACUUGGUGACCCUCUGCCCACCCAUGGUGUAUGGUCCCAUC